GUAGCAAUAUGUAACGGUUUGGUGCCUGGGCAAUGUAACGAUUUAUGGCCACAACAUCAGAAACCAUCCCCCUCUUUGUAUUUACUGUAUAUUCUCCCAUGUACUAGACCACAAUUUAAUGCUUGUUUAUGACCUAAAAUAAUUUUAAACCAAUUUUGGGAGGAAUUAAAACCCAAAUCGAACCUCACCUGGCUUCGAUCCCAAUCAAAGGGAAAAAUGCCGGAUCAAAUCUCAUCUCCAGCCCCGAGAUCGGCCACGGAUCUCUUCUCCGACCCUCUCGACUCCCACCCGCUGUGGUUCAAGCCCUCUCUCUUCCUCUCCCCUAACUUCGACUCUGAAUCCUACAUUACCGAGCUCCGGUCCUUUGUCCCUUUCGACACCCUCCGAUCUGAGCUCCGGGCCCAUCUCUCUUCCCUCAACCAUGAACUCAUCGACCUCAUCAACCGUGAUUAUGCCGACUUUGUCAAUCUCUCCACCAAACUGGUCGACGUGGAUUCCGCGGUGCUUCGCAUGCGUGCUCCGCUUCUCGAGCUACGCGACAAGAUCCAAGGCUUCAGGGGAGCUGUUGAGGGCUCACUCCUUGCUUUGAAGGAUGGACUGAGCCAGCGAGCGGAGGCAACCUCCGCCAGGGAGGUGUUGGAGUUGUUGCUCGACACCUUUCAUGUUGUUUCCAAGGUUGAAAAGCUUAUAAAGGAGCUGCCUAGUGUGGCUUCAGAUUGGUCGAAUGGGGAUGUCAAUCCGGUGCAAAAGAAAAAUGCUUCGAGCUUACAACAUGUUGAGAAUGGAACGACGAAUCUCAGAGAGACUCAAAGCAUGCUGCUUGAGAGAAUUGCCAGUGAGAUGAAUCGCCUCAACUUUUAUAUUGCUCAUGCACAGAACCUUCCUUUUGUUCAGAACAUGGAAAAGAGGAUUCGAAGUGCUAGCCUAUUGUUAGAUGCAAGCUUGGGACACUGUUUUGUAGAUGGGCUGGAACACAGGGAUGCAAAUGCAAUUUAUAAUUGCUUACGUGCUUAUGCAGCUGUUGAUAGCACCAGCAAUGCAGAAGAAAUUUUUCGGACAACCAUCAUGGCUCCAUUGAUACAAAAAGUAAUUCCACAAGGGUCAUCUGGAGGAGUGGUUAGUGGGGCAUCUGGGGAUGAACUUGAGAAUGAUUAUCAACAAAUCAAAAAAUAUGUGGAGAACGACUGUAAAUUGUUACUGGAAAUUUCUUCUGCAGAAAAUUCAGGUUUACAUGUAUUUGACUUCUUGGCAAAUUCGAUUCUGAAAGAGGUUCUUGCGGCCAUUCAAAAGGGAAAACCAGGUGCUUUUUCUCCAGGAAGACCUAAAGAAUUCCUUAAAAACUACAAAUCAAGCCUAGAUUUCUUGGCUUAUCUUGAAGGCUAUUGCCCAUCAAGAGCUGUUGUUGCCAACUUUCGAGCAGAACCUGUUUAUGUUGAGUUCAUGAAGCAGUGGAAAGUUGGUGUUUAUUUUUCUUUAAGGUUUCAAGAAAUAGCGGGUGCUCUGGAUUCAGCACUUACAGCAUCCAGUCUUGUUCUUGUCCAGAAUUAUCAGUCUGAUGAAAAUUCUCAGAACUUGACACUUAAACAAAGUGUUACGCUUUUGGAGAGCUUGAGAUCCUGCUGGAGUGAAGAAGUUCUUGUCCUUUCUUGCUCUGACAAGUUUCUUCGCUUGUCCUUGCAGCUGCUGUCAAGAUACUCAAAUUGGUUGGCAUCUGGAUUGGCUGCUCGGAAGAAGGGUAGUGCUGGUGCCAACCCUGGAUGUGAGUGGGCUCUUUCAGCUGCUCCAGAUGAUUUUGUUUAUAUCAUUCAUGACAUAAAUUGUCUGGCCAAGGAGAUUUCUGGUGCUUACCUCGAUCAUGUACUUCAAGUUCUGUCUUCAUGUUCCACUGAAGUUCUUGAUCUAGUAAAACAGAGCAUUUUGCACUCUGGAAAAUCAUUGGAUGAUUUAUUACCCUUAGUUAUCAACACAAUUAUGGAGGCUUUGGUUCAUAAGUCUGUUGAGGACUUGAGACAGUUGAAGGGGAUAACUGCAACUUACAGGAUGACAAAUAAACCUCUUCCUGUCAGGCAUUCACCCUACGUGGCAGGGGUAUUGCGCCCAUUGAAGACUUUCCUGGAUGGUGAACGAGCUACAACAUAUUUGACAAAUGAUGCUAGGAAUGAUCUACUGUUAGGCGCUGCAACAGAGAUAACUGGUCGCUAUUAUGAGCUAGCUGCUGACCUUGUCAGUGUGGCUAGGAAAACAGAGUCUUCACUUCAAAGAAUAAGGCAGGGUGCACAAAGACGAGCUGGGGCAAGCUCAGAUGUCUCAGAUCAUAAUGUUUCUGACACUGACAAAAUUUGCAUGCAGUUAUUUCUGGAUAUUCAGGAGUAUGGCCGCAACCUUGCUGCCUUGGGAGUAGACGCAGCUAAUAUCACUGCUUACCGGUCCUUGUGGCAGUGUGUAGCACCUGCUGAUAGGCAGAGUGUGAUCAAUUUUUAAGAUGAGCAUCUAGUUGCUGUUUCUUUUACAUGGUAAAGCAUUUUACUAUAUAUUUAAGUUGAUCUUAUUGUGAUUUUCCAUUUUGUAAAAUUUUUUUAAAGAAAAUGCAAGCCUUUGUUCUGCGUCUAUAGAUGUUGAUUUUUCCUUUACAUUAAGUUGAAAAUUUUGUAUAGAGAACUUCUCAGAGAAUCUCACAGUAUUGAUUAUUCUAUCAGCUUAGAACCAAGUUGUUUA